AUGGAUAAUACAGCAUGGGUAGCUAAACAUUUCAAGGACAAGAUUAUCAACCAACCUGACAUAAAGCUUAGGAAGCUGCAAGAUUUGAUUAGGAUAAAGUAUGGUGUGUAUGUGGGAAAAUCCAUAUGUGUCAGGGCUAAACAUCAGGUCAUGGGUCAGUAUCUUGGUGAUUACAAGCAGGAGUUUGCUAGAAUAUAUGAUUAUGCUGACAUGUUGAGGUCUACAAAUCCUGGCAGCACUGUUGUUGUGAAGACCUCCAAGGAGAAAAUACCUAGUAAAGAGGUGUUUGUGGGUAUCUAUAUUUGUCUACAUGCUUUCAAAGUUGGUUGGUUGGAAGGAUGUAGAAAUUUUAUUGGCUUUGAUGGAGCAUUUCUGAAGGGUGUGUGUAAGAGUGAGAUACUAUCAUGCAUUGGUAAAAAUGGUAACAAUCAAAUGUACUAUGUUGCCUGGGCAGUGGUUGAAAAGGAGACAAAGCACACAUGGUCAUGGUUUUUUAGGUGCCUGAUACAUGAUCUGCAGCUCACAGAAUCCCAAGGUGAGGGGCUGACCAUCAUUUCUGAUAUGCAGAAGACACAUGUGGAGCAACUGGAAACAAAAGUGGAAAGGAGAGGAAAGAAGAAAAAGUUCUGGGCCCGUGCAAGGGCUUCAUUUGAAGAAUAUUUGAAGGCUAAGAUAGAUGAGUUGGCAGAAUUAGGUGAUAGUAAGAUCAUUGAGGAUUUGCUGAGAUACCCAAAACAAUGUUGGUGUAGAGCAUUCUUCAAAGAUUGGAGUAAAUGUGAUUCUGUGGAGAACAACAUGUGUGAGACGUUUAACAGUUGGAUCUUGUCUGCUAGGCACAAGUCUAUCAUAACCAUGUUAGAAGAGAUUAAAGUGAAGGUGAUAGAGCGGAUGAUUACCAUGAGAGAAUUUGCAACAAGGUGCAUUUCUGAUGUAUCUCUUAUGGCAAUGGGUUACAUAGAGGAAGCUGUUAAGCAUGAAUUUAAAUGGAAUGGGGAUACUGGGUAUGAGAUACAACAUGGGAUUUACAAACAUAUUGUUGACUUCUCCAACAAUACGUGCACAUGUAGAUCAUGGCAGCUCAAAGGAAUACCAUGCUCCCAUGCAAUAUGUGCAAUGUUUUUUAAGAGAUUUGAGCCUGCUAACUAUGUAACCCACUGGUACAGGAAAGAAACAUACCUGAAGGCUUUUAGUUGUUACAUACAACCAGUAACCAACAUGGAGAUGCGGCCAUCAACACAGAAUCCAACUGUUGAGCCUCCUAUAAUUACCAAGAUGCCUGGUAGACCUAAGAAAAAUAAAAAAAUAGCUCAAGAUGAACCUAAAAAGAAGUGGGCGCCUGAUUACCGAAACUCGAACUUUAUUCCCUUGUUCUCCAGGUGGGCGCCUGAUUGCUUGAACCUGAACUGCUUUCCUUUCCCUGGAACCUUGUGUUGUCUUCCAUUGUUCUCUAGGUGGGCGCCUGAUUGCCAAAACUUGAAUUUUUUUCUCUUGAAUCUUGAGCUGUUUUCCUCUGUUCUUGAACUGGUUUCCCUUGUUCUCCAGGUGGGCGCCCGAUUGCUUGAACUUCGAACUGCUUUCCCUUGCAACUUGAGCUACUUUCCCUUGUUCUCCAGGUGGGCGCCUGAUUGCUUGAACCUGAACUGCUUUCUCUUGAGACUGCUUCUCCUUUGA